UCCAACCAGUUGGGAUGAGAAGUCUUGCCCAUUUGUUUUGAUAGUGGAAAUCAUUUUGUUUGCCUCUUUCCUUUAAUAUCUUCCUUCCUCGACAACUUGGCUACCGCCUCCCUCUCAAACUCUCUCCCUUCUCCUUCAGGGCUUCAAACCCCCACCGAACCUACACAACAUGGCUGAACUUGCCUUUAGCACCAUAGGGAAUGUCAUACUGAAGCUUGGCUCCAUUGCUUACCAAGAGUUCAGCUUGGCAUCGGGUUUCAAAAGCGAUCUGAAAAAGCUUGAGCACACCAUGUCAAUCAUUAGAGAGGUGCUCUUGGAUGCCCGAAAGAAGCAAGCAAGUAACUCCCUACUGAGGCUCUGGCUAGGGCAACUCAACGAUGUCCUUCAUGAUGCUGAGGAUGUGCUUGAUGAAAUUGAGUACCAAGAUUUAAGGAGGCAAGUGGUUCCCACUUAUGGGAGCACUUCUACAAAGGAGUUGAUCAUGAGCAUAAAGACUCUGAUAGUGGAAGCCUAAAUGCAAC